AUGGCCUACUGGCCUGAGGCUAUCAGCUGCAACGACUUCUGUGUAGAGGUCUCGUAUGGAGGUCGCUCUGCUUUGUUCAUGCACCUCGAUAACUCGGCUGGUGCUCACGACGUCAGCUUUGAGAACUGGAACUAUCUGGAGACGGGCUACCCGGCUUCGGAGAAGAACCACAUCAAUCCCUCCGCUGGAUUCACCACCCAGUACAAGACGGUUGAUGCCAGCCGGUGCGCCCCCCUCAUCAAGACUGCCUCUGGCAACAUGCCCUUCUCUGCCGCCACGUCCAUGGGUUUCAUCGCGAACUGUGUUCUCAACCACAAGGACUCUUGGAUCGCCAAGCACUUCGAGUUGUGGAACAUCCACGACUCGCAGUGCAACUUGGGUCACAACGAAAUCUGCCAGACCCCCGACUUGAAAAACGGCGUCAACCAAACCACUUGCACGCACAUGCUGGGAAGCCAGGAUAAGCUGGUUGGCCAAGACGUCUACAACAUCCUCUACCCGAGCGGUGAAUCCGAGGAGAUCAAAGGUCCUGGCGAGGCCUAA